GGGCAUAAGCGUUGCUUCCAAUAUAUAAUCAAAGCUCAACUUAAUUAAUAUACCACAUAGCUAGCUAGCUAUGCAGUAAAUAACACAGCCUCCAUCGCCUCGCAACUCAGCCGACUUCCACCGGGCUCCUCGCUUAGCAUUCUGGGAAAUGUAGUUCCAGAGCAUCGCCUACCAAGUGCGAGGAACCCGCAGUCGCGCAGUGUAGAAACUACAACCCCCAUAGUCCUCUGCCCGCUGUUGAAAAGGGGCCGGCCGCAGCGGGACAGUCCCGUGAUGACGGCGGCUGGCGUUGUUGUGAAGAUGGCGGACGAAGUGGGAGACGGGACGCGCUCCGGACAGCCGCCGAGGAUCAGCUCCGGCCCCGCGGCAGCCGGCCCCUGCACCGCGGCCUCGGGUCCCAGGCUGGUCCGAAUCGUCAAGUCGGACUCCGGCUACGGGUUUAACGUCCGGGGGCAGGUGAGCGAGGGAGGCCAGCUCCGGAGCAUCAACGGGGAGCUGUACGCGCCGCUGCAGCACGUCAGCGCCGUCCUGCCGGGGGGAGCCGCGGACAGAGCCGGCAUCUCCAAAGGGGACCGCAUCCUGGAAGUGAAUGGUGUGAAUGUGGAGGGUGCGACUCACAAGCAGGUGGUGGAGCUGAUCCGGGCUGGAGAUCGGGAGCUGCUCCUCACUGUGCUGUCGGUGCCGCAGCACGAGGCCGACAGCCUGGACCCAGGGGACGAGGCCGGCCAGGUCUUCCACGACUACAGCGAGAAGCAGGCCGUGCCCAUCUCCAUCCCCACCUAUAAGCACGUGGAGCAGGGCACUGAGAAGUUUGUGGUGUACAACGUGUACAUGGCGGGCAGGCAGCUCUGCUCCAAGCGCUACCGUGAGUUUUCCAUCCUGCACCAGAACAUCAAGAAGGAGUUCGGCAGCUUCACCUUCCCCAGGCUGCCCGGGAAGUGGCCCUUCAGCCUAUCCGAGCAGCAGCUGGACGCCAGGCGCAGGGGCCUGGAGGAGUACCUGGAGAAAGUCUGUUCCGUGCGGGUGAUCGGGGAGAGUGACAUCAUGCAGGAGUUCCUGUCCGAGUCUGACGAGAAUUACAAUGGCGUUUCGGACGUGGAGCUGAGGGUAGCCCUGCCGGACAAGUCAACCGUGACGGUGCGAGUGAAGAAGAACAGCACCACUGACCAGGUGUACCAGGCUGUAGCCUCCAAGGUUGGCAUGGACAGUAUCACAGCGAGCUACUUUGCCCUGUUUGAGGUGAUCAACCAUUCGUUCGUGAGGAAGCUGGCUCCCAAUGAGUUCCCUCACAAGCUGUACAUACAGAACUACACCUCUGCCGUGCCCGGGACCUGCCUCACUGUCAACAAGUGGCUCUUCACCACAGAGGAGGAGGUGCUGCUCAACGACAACGACCUGGCCAUCGCCUACUGCUUUCACCAGGCGGUGGAGGAUGUGAAGAAGGGUCGCAUCAAGGCUGAGGAGAAAGCCUACCAGCUUCAGAAACUGGCUGAGCAAAAGAAGAUGGGAAUGUAUCUGAGCAUGCUGCGCUCGUGCGAGGGCUACAACGAGAUCCUCUUCCCGCACUGCGCCUGCGACUCGCGGCGGAAGGGUCACGUGAUCACGGCCAUCAGCGUCAAGCACUUCAAGCUGCACGCCUGCACCGAGGAGGGGCAGCUGGAGAACCAGGUGAUUGCGUUCGAGUGGGAUGAGAUGCAGCGGUGGGACACUGACGAGGAGGGCAUGGCGUUCUGCUUCGAGUACGCCCGUGGAGAGAAGAAACCACGCUGGGUCAAGAUCUUCACCCCAUACUUCAACUACAUGCACGAGUGCUUCGAGAGGGUGUUCUGUGAACUCAAGUGGAGGAAGGAGGUGGAAGAGGAGGUGACUGAUCUGGACAAUCAGAACUGCAGUAGAGAUGGUAUGUGUAGCAAGAAUAUCUUCCUGCUGUUGAAAUCGCACAGAAGGGGUGGAGACAUCUAGGAGGAGAGAUUGUGACCUCGUAAACUAAAACUGAGAAAUCUGCAGCUACAAGCAGCGGCAGCAGCAUCGAGAGAGGAAGAAAAAAAUCAAAACCAUGAUGCUUUUAAACAUUUGGAGAGAAAGAGAGAGAGAGAAGCAUUUUGGUGUCAACUUCGAAUUCUUGUUCUGCUUGGACUUCUGCUUUUACUGUUGUCAUCUUCAUCAAAAUAAUAGCAGUAGUAAUAAAAAGAUGAAAUAAUAUUAAUAAUAAUGCUGAUCCCGGAAGGAUGGCUGGGAGACGGACAGUUAGUCCGGAAAAACUCCACCCUACCUCCGAUCGUUCUGCUUAAAACAUCCUGGGGAAGUUUACAGAAAAACAGGGGAAAUCUGUCUGCAGAGACUUUAGAGAGAACAUUGUGAUCCACUUUCCUUAAUGAGAUGGGACUUCCCCCUCCCUUCCUCACCUCCUGCUGUCCCUUUCUUAUCCUGCUUUGCUGAGACUGGCCCAGUGAGAGUGAGUGAAUCUGGGCAGAGGCUGUGCUGCAGACAGGGGUUUAAAUUUGCACCCCCAGACAGGAUGGCGGUCAGCCAGUCCUCUUGGUACCUCCCUGAGGUUGUGACGUUUCGUUCUGGACGUCAUUCGCUGUGUUUUUAUGCCUCGGUGGCGGCAGGCAGGUACACCACAGAUAGAUGAAAAUCUGAAAAGGAAAAACAUUUCGAUUUUGUUCACGCUCUGCCUCCCUGCUCCAAACUAAUCAAUGAUUCUUAACUCUGUUUAUAUCGGCCCGGACCAGUAUAACCACAGAGGGGCUUGUUGACAUGAGGAGUCAAAGGGCUGUCAUGUUAUAUUGCAGCUCGAACGCAACAGCAGUACCACUGCCUCGCAGCAGGGGGUGUUGUUGUCUCCCAGAUACACUUUUUAAUCCCCCUCUGUGUUGAUUCACAAUAGUUUGAAUUAAAACAAACCCUGCCCUGGACUGGAGGGAGCCCCCUUUCUCUUAGGGGGGGGGGUGAGGGAGGGAGG